AGACCUCGCCGAGCCGAAGUUAAAGAAUCAUCGAAUAGGCAACACUUUUGAGAGUGGCCGCCGCUGCAACACCACCUGUCACUUUCUAAAGUACCAUGGCUAAGGUAGUGUCUCAAGAGACUUACGACAGCGUAGUGUUGGAGAACUGUGUUGACUUUGAAUUAUCAGCUGAUGAGGCUCAUGUGGAUGCCCAGAAUGAGUUUGAUGCUCAGGGAGUCCACCUUGGCAUCAUUGUGAAAGACGGAAAGCUGAGUGCUGACAAGAAGAGUAUUGAACACAACAUCCUUAUAGCCUUGGGUCAGUUGAAGACUGCUGUGGCUGCAGCUGAUAAUGGUUCUCCAAGCCUAGAAGAGGUGAAAGAGCCUCUGGCUACCUUUACCACAGCCUGUAGAGUGUCUGUGGCCCAUCGAGUCCUUGCCAACAACAAUGGUGCAUAUGACACACUCCUCAAACUCGUCAAACAAUGCCAGGGAGACACAACCCUCUUAUGUCCUUCCCUGCAAGCCAUGGUCGCCCUGACAGAGUUCAACCCUGACAUAGUGUCUAGUGAGGGCUACAGAGUCCUGCUGCAGUUGCUGGAGGAAUGGAGUAGUCGUUUGGAGGAACCUGUUGUCCUUGAAUUCCUGGCCCAGUGGUGUAUGCAGUGCUGUAUUAAGCAUGAGGACAACCGCCAGAGCUUGGUGUCCCUGGGUGCAGUGGGUGCACUUGUGUCAGUCUUGCAAACCCACCGCACCAAUUCCAGGGUGGUGCGAGUGGUGUGCAAGGCCUUGAGAGUGUUCACCUUGGAUGACGAUGUGCGGCAAGCCUUUGGUAAAGCCCAUGAACAUGCACGUUUCUUAGCUGAGGAGCAUAAUCUCAUUGCAGUUUGUUUGGAGCUGAUCAAAGAGUGGUUAAAUGAUGCAGACACCACUAGUGAGCUCCUGUCCACUGUGGCAAAGCUGUGUGUGCGUGCUGAGUACUGCCAGGAAGCCUUGGACCGGGGGGCACUGCUGGUCAUCAAUGACGUCCUCAUCUCCUUCCCAGACCGUCCAAUUCUGAACAAGCAAGCACUGUCCCUCCUGAAGGCACUGGUGGGUAAUGACCGGGUGAAGGAGGCAGCCAUGAAGUCUGGUGUCUCCCAGCUGAUAGUAGCAGCAAUGAGCAAACAUCAGAUGGAAUGCACUGUAUGUGAAGAGGCUUGUGGGGCUGUCUCUAUGCUGGCCCUGCGUGUCCCAGCCAAUGCUAAGCAGCUAGUAGAGGAUGGGGCUGGCCAGGCAGUGGUGAGGGUCAUGGAGGCACACCCAAAUGCCAAGCAGCUUCAGAAGCUGGGCUGCAUGGCAAUACGAAACAUGGUGUCUCGACUGCCAGAGAACAAGCGUGUCUUUGUGGAGUAUGGAGUAGAGGGAGUGAUCCAUACAGCUCUCAAGAUCCAUGGGGAGGCAGUUAAGGAUAUGGCUCAAGCUGCCCUCAGGGACCUGGACCUCAAGGUGGAAUUAGUGGAGCAAUGGAGGGGCACUGGCCAUGAAAUCAGCCGCUGAGUACACCACUACCAGCUGCCUGCUGCUAUUGCUGCCACUGGUCCUUGCAGGCAGUCCAUCUCUGGCACUGCUGUGGAGAAGCAAUAUAUUUUAGUCUCAAGCUUUCAUACUCAGGAAUAAUGCAGUGGAAUCUUAUGGUGGGUAAUCUUGGGUGACAGAUCUGCUAUACAAGCCCAACCCUCUGCUACUAUUGUCACAUAAGUUACCUAAGUUACCUUAAAACUACUUCAGCCAUUCUUAAUCAAUAUUACAGAUGAAAGUUUUAUUGUGGAUGAUCACAUCCUGUUUAUAGUAGUUUUGCAAUGAUAAAGCAGUUGAAAAUUGCUGACUAGAUAUAAUAACACAAUCAUAUAAAAUGUGAUCAAUUAGCAACCAAAUUAUCACAUUAUUUAUAUUUCCUUUCUGCUUGUCUUUACCUGGUUUCAAAAUAAUAGUGGCUGAUUCCUUUAUUUAUUUAUUUAUUUUUAAUUUUAUUUUUUUUAUUUCUUUUAUUUGUCAAACAGCUUUGCUUCUUUUGUGUGCAUAAGGACACUAUUUUCUGCCUUAGUUUCAUCAUUUGUGAUUUUCCAUAGGCAUGAAUAACUUCUCACUUCCUCAACUUCCAGAUAUUCUCACUUCCUCAACUUCCAGAUAUUCUUUUUUGGUCUUAAUUUUUUUUUUUUUUAAGUACAUUUGUUAGCUUUUUUUUUUUUUUUUUAAGUACAUUUGUUAUUUUUUAUUUAUUUAUUUAUUUAUUUUUUUUUUCCUCAAGCUCAAAACAUCAUGAUGAAAUGCAGAAAUUAUCAGCUGCACACAUUUUAAUGAGAUGCCAUUAAGGCAAAACUUCCAAUAACAUAGUGAGACAAAUAAAUAGUGUUGGGCUUUGGAGAAAGCCUUCUAGUGUUCUAAAAAUUAGUAUUCAUGAAUGUCGAGUUUAAAAGUAUGAUGAUGAGCUUUCAUAUUGGCAUGUUUAUCAUGAUAACUCAUGAUAAGCAAAUACUAAAUCUAUUUUUCUAUAAUUACCAUAUUACAGCUAUUUUCAUAUUUCUAUUUUUCUAUAAAUACCAUAAUACAGCUUUUUUCAUAUUUCUAUCAUAAUAUUCGUUUUAUAUUAUAUCAAGGCAAGCUGAGCAAGUGACAGUGACAGCAAAAGAAGGCAAAAAACAUUAUCUUCUGGGGUGUCAAGGCACUAUCAUGGUUUUCGGUGCUGCAGUGAUGGCAUUGCACCAACAAGUGCAAUAGUAGUAGAGGGUUGGGUAGUUGGGUGUAGCACUAAUGUUAUAUCUUUUGUAUUAGAUAUAAUGGAUGUUGCAUACCAUAACUUCCACAAGGGUUGGACAACUAACAAAUGCCAAAGCUCCAACCAUUCAUUCAUGCGUCUUUAAAACUGACCUGGAACAUAAAUUUGAAGAAUUCUUAGAAGUACAGUGGAGACUCAAUACUUGAAUGUCUAAAUACUCAAACUUUUCAAUACUCAAACAUAAAAGUUUGAUUUAAUUCUCAAAAAAAUACCUGACAGUUGAAUGUCCACACACAUGGCUGUAAACAAGGCUCCCUGGUAUGUUGACUUGUGCUGCCUCAGUUAUCAGAAUAACAUUCUCCUGCAUUCUGUCUGUAGUUUUUCAUAUUUUAAAUUUACAUUAACACCAAAGGCUUAUUAGUGGUGAAAAUACCUGGUAAUCAAACGGCCACACAUUUGGUCGUAUAUAAAGCUCUGUCAUCUUUCUCAUAGCCGCCAUUGUACCAUUAUGAUAUUGUAUUACUGGUAAUACCGUAAUGCCGGCAAUACUAGUAUUACUGUAAUACUGGUAUACCAGAUGCCGGUGUAUAUCCCUAGUCCUUCUGCAGUUUUGAGAAAAACAUUCUUUUACAAUGGUACCAAAGAGGCUUAUUAGUGAUGAAAUAAGGAAUCUGGUGAGAGAGUAAGUGUUAAUGAGCCACAGCACUCCAUUAGUGGAUUUACAGGAAUCACACCCGAGUUACAAAGACAUUUUUAUCGAUGGUGACUUAUCCUCCAGUGACCUCCCUUCUCCUCCUCACCCUUCUCCCCUCCUCUUCUAAGUUAUCCACCAGCCUUCACUUACGGUAUGUACAAAUAAAAAUUGUUAAAAAUAUACAUUUAAAUUUAUAUAAGCCUGAGGUUUUGCUAAGAUUAGAACAAAUUAUCUGAUUUAUUGGUAUCAAUGGUCAAACUUUUUAAUACUCGAACAGCCAUUUGGAACAAAUGAAGUUUGAGUAUUGAGUCUCCACUGUAUUAAAAAAGAAAAUUGUUGAAUUAUGAUUAAUAAAAUGAGUUACUAUUGAUAUACCAAGGUUGAACUGAACAGCUUUGUACCAAACUGAUAAUUUCUAGAUGGGCAACAAUUGGCAUUACAGAUAAUGAUAUUGACUUUUCAAAUUUAAUAUGAAUUAUGAAGUAUAUUUAGUAAACGAAAUAUUUGAAAAAAUACUACCAUAGAAAAUUACUUUAUAACUUCCAGUUUGACCUUAAGGAUAAUAAAGUGGUUGGCAGCUGACACAAGUGAUGAGAGCAUUAUUACAAGUCAUCAGUUCAGAUAGCAAAAUUGUCUGCAGAGUCAUUAAUGCAACUCCUUUAGAAAACUUUGAAUCAUGAGGUAUUACAGAAGUAUUUUUGCUGUGACUGUUAUUCCCUUGAUGGAGACCAGUAAUAUGAACACCACUCUGGACACCAAUUAGUGGAAUGGCUGUAUUCCAGUAACAUUUAUAAUCAGUGUGAUUAUAGCUAAUUAUUGUUGAAAAGUAUAAUUGUAAAACAUAGAUUAAAAAGUGUCAAUAUUUGCUUUCCAUUCUUCCUACCAUGGGAAAUUGUGGCAAUUAAAAUCUACAUACAGAAUAUUUGAAAAUAUGUUUUUUAAGAGUUAUCCUGCAAGCUUUGUUGAAUAGUCAAUUCAGUUGCACACACAAUAGUAAAAUGGUGUUCACUUAGAUUAAUGGUUCCAACUUAGUUUAAACCCAUAUCCUUGAUGGGACCAGUCAUAGUUGAAAAGCUAAACUUUCAUUUUCAUUUAAUUUCCUGUUCACAGGUUAAAGUUCAGUUAGUAUGCCUCAUAUCAGAAUGAAUUCCUAUGGUUUGAAAUUUACAUGGUGCUCUAAGCACAUGAAUGAGUAUGACAUGGGAAAGUUGUGUUUACAACAUUUACAUUUACAUUAACUACCAAGAAAUUUCAUAAGAAAUUCUCUUAGAUUAUGGGUCGUACAGCUUCGUUUCUCAGUUUCUCAAAUGCAAGAACCUUAUCUAGGACAAAUAAGAUUUAAUUCUCUAUCUUUCAUGUAUUUUAGUUCAUGAACAAAUCUUGCUAUGUGCUAAACUUGUUAUUUCAGCAGUUACAGUGCUUGGAUUUGAUUUAUCACUUGGAGUAACCUAUGACAAGUCCAAACUGAUCUGGUUUGUAGCCAUAGAAGUUAAAGAUGUUCUUUACUUAGAGAAAUAUUAGGUAAAGAUUUUAAUCAAAAGUAAUGAUGAAAGGAAUUGGGUUUAUUCAAUGAAUAUAUUAAAAUGGGUAGUUAAAGAUGUUCUUUACAUUAGGUGAAGAGAAGUUCUUUUCAAAUUUAAUCAAGAGUAAUGAUGAAAGGGAUUGGAUUUAUUCAAUGAAUAUAUUAAAAUGGGUAAUUAUAAAUCAGAGGAAUAAUUACCUGUCACAGAUACAUGGUUAGGAGGUGCACUAAUGAGCAAGAGAUUGUUUUGGGCAUAAUAGUUUGUUCUAUAGUCGGUUCCAUCUAUGAAGUCCAUUCAGGGCGGGGCAGGUCACAUCGUUUACCUCUAGACAUACUGCCAAAUCAAUCUUCUUACAUGCGUCUCUCUUAUAUCCCAUCCAUGUGUUAUUUAAAAGUUAUAUAUUAUGUAGGGUAUAUAGUAAAGGAGGCUACAGUGAGUGUUGAUGAUUAGGAUUAUAACAAUGAUUUAUAAAAAUUCUAUGACAAGUGGCAGAGGAUUUUUCCAAGGUUGCCACGAUGUGGUGAUGGUGGUCAGCGUGACCCUAUGGGGUCCCUCACCUAGUUGGAGUCAGGCCAUGUCACAGCUGUGACAGCUCAUACCCAACUUCCUCUCUAGCUACGAAGCAAGAUGGAAGCUACAACCACAACUUUUACCUUAUAUAGAUGGUGUGGAAAAAAGUCAGAAAUAAAUUAUAUAUAAAUACUAAAUAAACAACAUAUAAAUUAUAUAUGUAUAGGAGAGAGAGAGAGAGAGAGAGAGAGAGAGAGAGAGAGAGAGAGAGAGAGAGAGAGAGAGAGAGAGAGAGAGAGGAUGCUUGCAGAUAGACAGGUAGGGAGACAAUUCUAAUCUGAUUUUGGUUGUUGAAAUGGCAGUGCCGCAUUCAUGGGAAUUCCGGAAUCUGCCACACCUAGAACGGACUUCACAGCUGAAACAGAUUAUAGAUAGGUAAAUUCUUUACACUAUAUGUCUGAAAUAACAAUGGAUGGCAAUUGGCAAUCAAAUAAUUCUGUGAAAGUGCAAAAGCAUUUUACAUUAUGGUGGAGAUAGCUAUAUGGAUUUAAUUUUUACAAAACUUUAACCACUGUAUUCUUUUCCCCUUGUUCUCCUUUUCUCAACACCCAUUCUAUAAGUAACUAAACUUAUUGAUUCAUGCCAUGCGUGCUCUUUGUUAUUUAGUACCCAACUCCUUACCCUUACAUGCCACAUGAAGUUCAGAAUUUAAAAAUUUUCCCUUGGUAUGUUGUAAUAAUUGAAAUGAUGAACAUUAAUGUACUAUGACUUGUGCUUGUUCCUUGUUUUUAGGAAUUAGAGUGAAAAGGCUGUGAAAACUCUUUUAGUACUUAUAUUUGACACCCAGUUUUCAGAAUAAAUAUUUCCCACCCAGUUCUCAGAUUAAUUUCCUCAUUUCCUUAAACUCACUGCUCAGAUCAUUAAAUUUGGCUAUUGAUAUAUGGGUACUGAUUCAUUAAUUGAUGGAGCAAAACUACGGAUCUAAAGCAAGAAACAGAUGGGAUGGUAUCAGAUGGGUGUUUUCUGCACAGUAUUGGGUACAUUUCAAUUCCUGUGGUGCUUGAGUGGCAUGAUGGCUCAGGUGAUGGUGCUUUGAAGGUUAGUGUCAAAAGAAAUUAACAUGUGGGAUUUAGGUAAAACAAGAUAAUUUAUUAACUAACAAUCCACUUUAGUCAUCAAGCUUUAACUAUAUUAAUAAGCAACAGCUUGUUCAGCUUUCAAUGUUUACAAAUAUGCUGCCCUCACCUACCUGGCCUCUUAUCUGAUGAACCUAGAAAACUUUUGUUUUAUGAGGUGCAUUUUAUUAAACCUACAAGGAUUGACUGCUUAAAACAAGACUUAGAUAUUUAUAAAUUAACCCUUUUACUAGUAUGGUCUUUUAUAUGGCCAGCGUAUGUCAGUGCAUACAGGGUGGUGUUAAACAAAAUAAUAUUAAAUGUGAAUAACAUUUGUUGCAAUAUAUUAUCAAGUUAAUCAGAAAGAAAUCAAAUUAAAGUUACCAGAAAAAUCAUUCUUCUAAGUAUACCUUUCCUUUUGUUGAAUAAUACAAGUUACAGAUUAAAGCUUUCAUACUUAAUAAAGGAAUUAACUAAUUAAUGACCAUGAGUCUCUAAUGUUGCACUGCUAUGAAUCUGGUUGGUCAGGAGGGUUUGCCAACUGGUUUCCUUUUCAGGCAUGAGAACAAAUUACAUGGUCUUGGAAAGGAGCAUGUGAUAUAUACUACUGAAAGGUGCACAAAGAUAGUAUUAUAAUGCUAUGUCUUGAGAAGAUUGUUUAUUAAAAAUAUGUACUGUCAAAAUUUAUUGAUGAAGCUUAUGAAGCGUAACAUGUUUAAUGAAUUUAAAUUAUAUUUAUGUUCCUUAUAAACUAUUUUCUUGUAUUUAGUAAUAGCAACUUUUUAGUCUUAUUAAGAAUGGCAGUAUGAAUUGAUCUGUAGCACACAAGAUUUAUAGACACUGCAAUCUUCUUAGUAAUCUAUCUUUGCAUCAGAUCUCAAAGUAUAUAUAAUUUUUACUUUUCUGCAUUUAACACACUCAGUAUUGCAAGCACCUUGUUUACUGCCCUGUAAGAUCUCCAUAAAUAUUUUAGGGUGAUAAAUACUCAAUUUUCCCCUAUCACAGGCAGGUAGCUUUAACAGUAUAUAUACUUUUGUAUUGCUUUAAGAAAAAAAUUACUUGUACAAGUAUAA